AUGUCUCUGUCUGCAGACGAGAAGGAGAGUGUGAUGCAUAUGUCCGCAGCAAUGGAAAGACAGGUAACGCUUGUGUGUGCUGGAGGGGAAGAUACCAGACCAGACACAUACGGAUGUGACUACGUGUACAAUAUGCAGAGAUAUGAAGACGACACAUCGGAGAAGACUCCACAAACCUAUGAAAUAGUUACAUCCAUAAGUACAGGUACGGCUAAGGCCAAGAAGUUCGAGUUCAUGACUCAGAACAGCGCGAACUCUAGCUACACCUCAAAUUCUAUUUAUAGCAUGCGUGAGGGGAUUGGCAAUGAGGUUGCGAUGGAGAGCGGAUCGUACACAGACAUCAGCAUAGAUACACGCGACAGUGGUAAUCGCGACACAGCGCAUGCCAUCCAGUACAAGACACACAACAGUAACGAGACGAGUGCAGAGGAAAUGCGAGCACCUUGUUGGGGGGGGAAGGAUGGCUGUGACACACACACACCCAUGAAAGAAAAGGGAAAUACGAAGACGCAGGUGCACACACAAGUUGGGGAUUGGGAUAGUACGGGGUCAGCGGAGGCUCGGCGAGGGGUGAGUAUGAGAGCGGGGAAGAACAAAGGAAUGCAGACACACACACACAACAAGUCCAAAGGCAAGGACAAAGCACCGUGCAAUGAGAUGGACAAUGUUGAGAUGUUGCAAUCCACAGACACAUCGCAGGGCAAUAACAAACCGAUACACAGGCGAAAGAACUCGUUCAUCGUAUCAGCCAUAAAGCGCAUGGGACGCAAUGGCAAGGCAAAGACGAACGAUGGAGAGGAGGCUGUGGAGAUUAAGGACUAUCUAGGAAUCGUAAAAGUGAAACAUCUCGACAUAGCAACAAAUGUGGAGAUAGAAGAUUCGAUAGUCAAAUUGGGAAUCCUACAUGUCGAGCAGAUGAUCAAAUUCAGACACCAAGAACUAUAUACCGGCGCAGAACUGGAUGAAGCGGAUCAGAUACUCGACUACACACAUCACAGUACAGAGGUGCACAAACUCGAACUACAACAACGCGAGCGCGAGGGGCAGCUGAGGGCAUUGCAACCCAGGAUACGAAGGCGAGACAGGGCAAGGCACUUGGCAAGGCACAACACAAAGCGCAUCUCCAGUCAGAAAAGGGUGGUGAAUCGGUGGUGUCAAGCAUCCGGUGUCAACCAAAUGUUCCGGUCCAUUGAUGACUUCCUUGUCUGAUUGCGUUGGCUGUCAUGUGUGCUGUAGACCAACGAAGUGCGAGAGACUACGGAGGGCACAGAGCUUAUGCAGGAAGCUUUGGAUUCAGGUCGAAUGAGGGGAGAUGGUGAUUCAAUUGGCAUAACAGUAAAUGGGUAAUUCAGACAACAAUAUUAUAUCAGCGGACAAAUCUGUCCGAUACCUCAAUAACCGUACACGUGCGGGU